UUCACUUCCUGAAACUGUUGGGAGAUGACGAUUUUUAGAUUUUUUCGAUAGCCUGUGUUUUGUUACAUGUAUAAAUGUAAUAUUUGAAGCUCUGCCUUAUCUUUUUGCAAACAACAUCGCAUAAUUGCAGGAUAAUAAUCUUCGUUGCUUGUUUGACUACAGAAGUUAAACUUAAGCUAUUCACCACUAGAGCCAAGUCAUGAGUGCAGAAGACUGUAACCCCGCCGCCACACCCACUCCUUGUGAAGACACCCAGGGAGAUGGACGAUGGAUGUCUCUGCACAACCGCUUUGUGUCUGACAGCAAGGACAAAGAACCCGAAGUCCUGUUUGUUGGAGACUCUCUCAUUCAGCUCAUGCACCAGUUUGGGAUAUGGCGACAGUUGUUCUCUCCCCUCCAUGCCCUCAAUUUUGGGGUGGGUGGUGAUGCAACACAACAUGUGCUAUGGAGACUGAGCAACGGUGAACUGGAUAAUAUCAGCCCAAAGGUUGUAGUGCUUUGGGUAGGCACAAACAAUCAUGGUCACACUCCUGAACAAAUCUGUGGAGGUAUUAUGGCUAUUGUCCAAGUCAUCAAGAACAAGCUCCCUCAUGCCCAGACUCUUGUGCUGAGUAUUCUGCCCAGGGGCAAAAUGCCAAACCCUUUGCGAGAGCGAAAUGCCAAGGUGAACAAGCUGGUCCAUGAAGCUGUGUCAUCCCUUCCCCAUGCUUCAUUCCUCAAUGUGGACCCAGGUUUUGUCCACUCUGAUGGUAACAUCUCCCAUCAGGACAUGUAUGAUUACCUUCACCUGACCCCUCAGGGCUAUCAGGCUGUGUGCGAACCCUUGCACGCCCAUCUUACAUCAAUGCUAGAUAAGCCUGCAGAGAACUGAGCCACCAGGUUACAAUCUUGCACUACAGCAGUGGUCCUCAUCCCUGGUCAUAUGAAGCAUCACAAUCAGCUUAUUAAAGUUUUUAAUGAUGGAUGGAUCAGUUAUUUCAGGUAGAGAACACUGUGCCUGUUAUCCUCUCCUUGACCAGGGUUGGUGACCACUGUUUUAGAUAAUGGGACCAUAAAAGUUGAUAUGUUUAAUUUGCUGUGCUUUGGAGAGACAAAGUCUUCUUUUUCACCAUAUAUUGGCUCUUAAAAUUUUUCCAUGUUUUUCAUUUUCAGCCCCGUGUUACAAGUACUGAAAAUGAUUUGUGGUUGCACUUAACUAACUCCCACUUGAGAUGCCCUGUGAUUCUAAAUAAAGCUUGCUUAAAGAUGCAGCAACUUCUCCACAAAUACAGAUAUGCAAAGUACUUCUUGCUGCAUUUGAUUGAAUAGCUUUAUUUAUGAUUCUACCAAACACUCAGAUCCCAAUUUAUCUUGCAUCUAUGAUAAAUUGCACUAUCCUCCCGGGGAUUCAAGGAUAGGAAAAUGGUGUGUGACUUUGGCUCUUUAGUUGCCAGCAAAGAGUUUGAAAUGCAAAAAUUGCCCUUACCAUGAAGUUGCUGUAAUUUGUCUCUUUGAUUUCUCCGUUUCACUUAAUUGAGUUACAUUUAUCAGGUUAAAGCUUUGUUUACUUCUUUGUGGUGUCCGAUGUCUUUUGUAGAUGUUGAUUUCAAAGACCAAAUGUUGAUUUGACUUUGCUGUAUGUUAUAUCAUUCCACCUUCUGCCCUAUAUUAUUUUCCUAAUUGCUUUGACUUUUGUAACAGCAGCAGAACUUGACAGGCUGUGUUUUGUUAAAAACAGAUGUACAUGGAUAGGAUGUGAAGUUGUGUUGAUAAACCUAAGACUGCUUUUGCCUCAAGUUUAUUCUCUGUAUCAAAAUGGCCCAUCAGAGCAUUGACAAAGGCUUUACUUCACACUAAAAUGCUUCUUGCGUAAGGUUUGUGCUGCAGGACUUGAAUUAUACUCCAGGAUGGCUGAUUGUGCAAGUGAUGGAAGAAUGAAUUAAAUGUGAAAACAA